GUUGUCCCUCCUCGGCCUCCGUUACAACAUUUAGGAACGUAUAUGGGCCAGAUUUGCCUUUGAUACGGCAGAAACCAUACCCCGGCCCACUGGACCGAACCGUGGCCAGGACUGAUGGCUCGUCGAAAUCGACUUCGCUCGGCGGAUUGAUAAGAAAAGGCUACUUCACCAUACCUUUGGGGGGGGCCUCACACCCUUCCUCCCCUCAGGCAAACCCGUCACCCACUCCAACCCCCAUUUCCCUUCUUUCCAGUCGUACCUAAGCCAAAACUGCCACUGCCAAGCUGUCAGAGAUGUCAGGACCUUUGCCAAGUCGGGCACGAGUGUACACAGAGGUCAACACUCAUCGCCCGAGGGAAUACUGGGACUAUGAGUCACAUGUUGUGGAAUGGGGAAAUCAAGAUGACUUUCAGCUGGUGCGCAAGUUGGGACGUGGCAAGUACAGCGAAGUGUUCGAGGCAAUCAACAUCACCAACAACGAGAAGGUGGUGGUAAAGAUCCUAAAGCCAGUGAAGAAGAAGAAAAUCAAACGCGAGAUCAAGAUUUUAGAAAACCUGCGUGGAGGUCCUAAUAUUAUUUCUCUCAUCGAUAUAGUAAAGGACCCCGUAUCCCGGACGCCUGCUUUGGUCUUUGAACAUGUAAACAACACAGACUUUAAGCAACUGUACCAAACUCUGACAGACUCCGACAUCCGCUUCUACAUGUACGAGAUCCUCAAGGCACUCGAUUACUGCCACAGUAUGGGAAUCAUGCACAGAGACGUGAAGCCACAUAACGUCAUGAUCGAUCACGAGCAUCGAAAGCUGCGGCUUAUUGACUGGGGCCUGGCAGAGUUUUACCAUCCAGGGCAGGAGUACAACGUGAGAGUCGCCUCGCGCUACUUCAAAGGACCCGAGCUCUUGGUGGACUACCAGAUGUAUGACUACAGUCUGGACAUGUGGAGCCUGGGCUGCAUGUUGGCAAGCAUGAUCUUCAGGAAGGAACCAUUUUUCCACGGUCAUGACAACUACGAUCAGUUGGUGAGAAUAGCCAAAGUUUUGGGAACAGAAGACCUCUACGAUUAUAUCGACAAGUACAGCAUCGAGCUGGAACCUCGCUUCAAUGACAUUCUGGGAAGGCAUUCUCGUAAACGGUGGGAGCGCUUCGUCCACAGCGAGAAUCAGCACCUGGUCAGCGCCGAGGCUCUGGAUUUCCUCGACAAACUUCUGCGCUACGACCACCAGGCCCGAGUGACCGCCCGCGAGGCAAUGGACCACCCGUACUUCUUCUCCGUUGUGAAGGAGCAGUCUCGUAUGGCUGGAUCAGCCAACUUGCCAGGCGAUAACCCCGCUGUUACUGCAGCCAGCGUGGUCGCUGGUAUCUCUGCCUUGCCAGCCUCCACUGCCCUUGGCCCUCUCAGCGGCUCCACAGUCUUAUCGGCUAACACAAACUCCAUGAGCAGUCCGGUGGCCGCUGCUCCGCAAUGACAGCCAGCGUAACCUCUCCGUCUUCAGUCCAGCAUGACUCUGCCCGAAUGCGGAAAGGGCCAGAGCGGACAGCUGCUGCUCCACAUGCCCUGCUAUGAUGGCGCCACAUAACCCUUUGAACAGGAGGCCACCUUUCUUUCUUUUUUUUGUAACUUUUUUUGUUUGUUUAGGUGAAUUUUUUUUUUUUUUUUACUUCUCCAGUAAGAUCCAAAAUGUGAACUUUAUAACCAAAAUGAAAUUUUGUCUCAAAAAUGUACAUUAGUACCUCCCUAGGGUUAUUUUGACAUUCAGAACGUUGAGUCCAAGAGCAUGUGAUGUCUAUAACAUCUCAACAGUCCUGACUUUGACCUUCGUUAUGAGUCAGGGUUGGUCAAAAAGACCAGCGUCGACCGGACAAGAAGAUGGGAGAGUUUUUUAGGACCACCUGGAGCGCAUUCUAUACAGUUUAAUUAAUAAUCCACAUUAUUUAACUCCAUAACUAAGGAGAGUCGCCAUGCCAUAUAGCAGUGGUUCCCAAAGAUUUUCUGGGCCCCCCCUACGGAUUACAAUAAAAUCUCCCCCAAAAAAGAAAAAAAAAAUCAACUGGGCACACACAUGGUGCAACCAGACAUAAACCCAUAAACAUAUUUUGUUUUCAAACUCCACUGAAGUUUAUUUCACACUUCAGGUUGCAACAAAGCGCACUACAAACCAUCUUUACAGUGAAACACUUUUAUGUAACAGUUUUUUCCCCAUCACCGCUUCCCGAGCCCCCCCUUGCAAUGGCACUGCGCUCCCUGCAGGGGGCGCCCCCCACACUUUGGGAACCACUGCCAUAUAGUCCAUCUCUUUGUUUCUGACAUAAAAAGAGAUGAAGAAGGUGUACAACAUGUCUAUGUACCUUUCAUUCAAUUGUUUUUUAAAAAAUUGAUAAACAUUAAAAAUGAAUUAUUUAUUA